GUCUGACCUCAGCAGGCCUCCGUACUGUAUGUUUGUCGCGCGUGGGCUGUCGGGAUAUCACCGUAGGUAACCGAGGUGACCCAGGAUGACCACCGCAGCACGACCAACGUUCGAGCCUGCCAGAGGGGGGCGGGGCAAAGGAGAGGGGGACCUGAGCGCGCUCUCCAAGCAGUACUCCAGCAGAGACCUGCCUGGCCACACCAAGAUCAAAUACAGGCAAGCCACCCAGGAUGCCCCGGAGGAGGUCCGCACACGUGACUUCAGACGGGAGCUGGAGGAGAGAGAGAGAGUUGCUGCUAAGACCAGGGAGAGGGGAGCCCGGGAACACACCACAUCUUCCUCAUCAUCUUCCUCUUCAUCCUCCAAGCGGCCACGACUGGAUCAGAUUCCUGCCGCCAACCUCGAUGCAGACGACCCUCUGACUGAUGAUGAGGAUGACUCCGAUUCAGACUCUGAUAGUGAUGACGACACUGCUGCCCUGCUGGCUGAACUGGACAAGAUCAAGAAGGAGAGAGCAGAGGAGCAGGAAAGAAAGGAGCGGGAACAGAAGGCGGAGGAGGAGAGGAUACGGAUGGAGAAUAUUCUGAGUGGGAACCCCCUACUGAACCUGGCAGGACAACAACCAAACACACCGAGCCAGACCAGCUUCACAGUGAAACGCAGAUGGGACGACGAUGUCGUCUUUAAGAACUGCGCCAAAGGAAUGGAAGAGUUACGUAAGGAGAAACGUUUCAUAAACGACACACUCCGCUCAGAGUUCCACAAGAAAUUCAUGGAGAAAUACGUAAAGUAGUUCUGCAUCGGCGUUGGCUUUUACAGAAAGUGUGUUCAUCGUGUGGGACGUCCAUUGAUGCCCGGGUGUUUUUCAGUUUUUGUUUUGCUUCUUGUGUGUAAUUAAAGGUUUUGCUUUGUUUAUUAA